AUGAUGAUCGUUCCUAAGAUACUUGUCAGACGAUGGUUUGUCACCCAGGCGGUGCUAUCUUGCUUAGUCUUAGUUGUUAUCAUCAACAUCAUUAUUGCUGCUCGCAGCUUCGACCUGAUCCCGCGAGUACAAAGCUUUGUGCAAUCACAUUGGAAUGCUGACCCAUUAACACUCCUGGGCAAGCCUUUGGACGAAAUCUAUCACGAUGUUGUGUCUAAACUCGUCCAGUCCCCAAGAAACCGGGAAAUGUUGAUGGAUGUGCGGCAUGCCGAGCUGACGUUCUAUGACUUCGAGAACAACGUUGUGGGCAACACUGAGCUUCUCCACAAUCAAUUUCAACGUCAGCCAUAUGUUGCAAACGGUUACAUUGGUUCGCGGAUCCCAAAUGCUGGUCAGGGAUUUGCUUACGAUCAACUUGAACCAGGAAAGUCUGAAGAACUACUUAACGCGGGUUGGCCACUUUUCAACAAACGGUAUCUGGGAGCGUACAUUGCUGGUUUUUUUGAUCUACAACCUAAUGCCACGGGCUACAACUUUCCCGAGCUUUCUGAUAAAGGGUGGGAUUCAUUCAUUGCCGCUAUCCCUCAAUGGACAGCCUUACAAUUGUCCAUGAACUUAGAUGGGAAAGAACACAUUUUGAGUCCCGCCACGCUCUAUCAGUUCAAUCGUGAGCCAGAGGUGACAAACUACAUGCAAAACAUGAGUUUACUGACAGGUGUAGUGACUACGGCGUUCACUUGGCUUGAUGUCGUUGAUGUUACCUACACUGUUUUCGCUCAUCGUUUACAUCAACACUUGGGGGUCGUUCACGUUGACAUCAAGCUGAGAAGCACGCUGCCCAUUGAAAUAGUGGUGGAAGACAUCAUUGACUUUGCCACGUCUGAGCGGUGUGCUCACCCGUUUCCGAUAUCCGAUGGUGAAGGCAUUGGUAUGGUGUUCGAACCCCAAGGCGUACCCGGAGUCCAUGGCGUGGUCUAUUCUCGAUUGGAUCAUAAGGCGCUCAAACCAAAACCUGAGGGUAACAAAGUUGUGCAAUACCUCAACUUGAAAUUGGACCCGGAGUCAGAUCAUGCGGUCGUUACGAAGUAUGUUGGUAUUGCCCUGACUGAUGUAGUGGAAGACCCGUGGAAGGUUGCCAAAACCACUGCCAUCAAAACUCGGCUGUUCACUGGCACUUAUAACAGCCACGUUACAACGUGGAAGAAGGAAUCAGAUGUGGCGAAUAUGGCCACUUACAAAGGCAAUGACUUGCUUACGUUAACACUGAUUUCCUCCUUAUUUCACUUAGCAGCAAACACUCGUAUCGGUGCUGAUGGAGUUGCUGCUGCCGUUGGUGUGGCAGGUCUUUCACUGGACAGCUAUGGUGGAAUGGUGUUCUGGGACUCGGACCUUUGGAUGAUGCAUGGUAUGUUACCGUUUUUGCCCCGUCACCUGGAGCAAUUUGCUAACUAUCGCCUUCACACUCAUCAUCAAGCUCGCAAGAACGUCAAGGAGUCGGCUUCAGAUUACCAUGGUAACGGAAUUGAUAUUGACAGAAACUUUGAGGGUGCAAUCUAUCCUUGGACUCUGGGAAGGUACGGUAAUUGCACAGCGACUGGUCCCUGCUUCGAUUAUGAAUAUCACGUCAACCACGCUGUGGCUCAAACAGCUUGGCUGAUAUACUUACUGGGUAAUCAAGACGAGUGGUAUUUGCGGGAAAAGGUUUGGCCAUUGGUCCAUGAUGCUGCUCAGUUUUUCUCCACGUUGGUGACGUACAAUCAAACACUUGAGGCGUACGUCACUGCCAACUUAACAGAUCCCGAUGAAUUUGCCAAUCAUGUUGAUAACGGCGCCUACACUAAUGCCGCGAUUCAUUUAGUUAUGGGUUGGUGCAUCGAUAUCGGUCGUCACUUGAACAUCGACUUACCCAAAAACUACACCGAUAUCCAUCGGAAGAUGUUUCUUCCCAAUACUAAUGGCGUUACCCUUGAAUUCUCGGGAAUGAAUUCACAAGUCGCUAUUAAACAAGCAGAUGUCGUGAUGUUGACUUAUCCCCUUUAUGUUGACGAACUAGUUGAUGCCACCCAAGGCCGAAACAACUUGGAGUUUUAUGCCCUUAAGCAAGUAAGUUAUGGUCCUGCUAUGACAUUUUCCAUUUUUUCCGCCGUUGCGGCCCAGUUAGCUCAAUCAGGAUGUGCAGCUCAGCUGUAUCUUAUGAAACUGAUUACCCCAUAUAUGCGGGCUCCAUUUGCUCAGUUAUCAGAGCAAAACCACGAUGACUAUACUAAAAAUGGUGGUACCCAUCCAGCUUUUCCUUUUUUGACUGGGAAUGGAGGCUAUUUGCAAGCUGUUUUCCAAGGCAUCACUGGUUAUUCUCCGACCUAUUCCAUCGAGAACGGAAAGCUCAAGCGAAAGCUUCGCGUUGACCCUAUUCUGAUUCGUGGCAUUGGAGGUCAUGCUCACUACCAAUCAGUUCGUUACAUGAACCAACUGCUUGAAAUUGAAAUGAAUAGCACCGAUUUUAUUUUAACUCACCAUGGUGGGGCUGAUGGUUUUGAUGACACCCCUAUCUUUGUUGAUGUUGCCGACCGGAAUCCCAUGGCUGGAUCGUACACAGUUGAGCCUGAUACUCAAUUGCAUAUUCCAGUAUUUGAGCCAGGUUCACUGUUUGAGGGGCUGAAAUGUGAAUGUAUGUCAGCAGAAAUAAUAACCAUCACUGAAGGCAAAAUGGGGGAUCAUGCUUGGCUGAUUAACGACGGUGACGUCACGCUGAGAUGGCAACUGGGGACCAAGAGCAAACCAACGAAAAUCUUGGUUGAUCUUUUACUGUACCAGAAUGUGCUGCUGGUUGAAUUCAACUUUGGUGAAAAGCCACCGAAAUAUAUCAACAUCUACAAUGAAAAUGGGGACUAUGCAUAUGAACUGGCACUGCAUUUAUUACUGGGAGUCAUUUUUGAUGAUGUCGAUACAAUCAACAAAUACCUGUGGGUCAACUUCAAGCAUGACCCAAAGCCACAAGACGAAGUAUUUACCGAUGCUCUUGUUAAAGGCCAUACAGUGAAAAUCACGGCAAAGUGGAAUCCUCACGCCCCAGUCGCACCCCCAAGCUUGUUUAACACGACUUUAAUCGAACUUGAGUCUCCGCGGAUGUCUCGAUUCUUGUUGAUUGAAACGGUCGGGACCCAUGAUGAAGACGACCUUGGUCCUCGCUUCGCAGAAAUCAUCAUAAGGUGA